CCCGCCGCUGACGCCUAAACCAUAGCCAAUGAGAGACCCAGGAGGGAGGGGGUCUACGUGCCAAUUCUCCGGAAUCGCUCCAAUCCUGGGAUAGUGAGCUUUGGAAGGACUUGUCAUUCUCUAGGGUCUGGCUCCAAAGCCCACCAUGACGGACGGGGGGUGGGUGGGGAGCUGGCGGCCCCACCGCCCCCGCGGUCCCAUCAUGGCCCUGUACACCAGCCCCGGCCCGAAAUACAUGAUCCAGGGAGCCACAGGGUUUUGGAAACACCACCCGGGCAAGGACCGAGCCCCCGCUUACAGCUUUCGGGGAGCCCCUAUGCCUCUGGCCAAAAUCUGCUCCCCCGGUCCCUACUACAUUCAACCCAACAUUCAGAAGACGGGGAAAGACUUAUCGCCGGCAUAUUCCAUGUGCAAGCGUUACGAGGCCAAGACCACCCUGACUCCCGGCCCUGGUGAUUACUACGCAGAGAGGGCCAACAGGUACAUCUACAAGUCUCCCCCCAGCCAAACCAUCGCCUUGAGGGGCAAGAGCUUCCAAGUGGACAACACCCCAGGUCCCGCGGCCUACGUGCUUCCUUCAGUCAACGGGCCCCGGGCUGUCAGCAAAUCAUCCCGGCCCUGUUACUCCAUCACGGGGAAGAACCAGCUGGGGGGCUUCGCGGACGAUCUCGCCAAGACACCAGGCCCUGCCGCCUAUCGGAUGACCGAACUUGACCUGUUCAAGAACCGGGCCCCAGGGUUCUCCAUCACCACGAGAAACGUGCCGCCGGGAGAUAAAUCCCAGAAACCCGGACCGGGAACAUACACCCUAGGGAAGGUCUCCCUGAUCAAACCCGGCAGCCAAGGCAUCACCUUUGGAAUCAAAUACUCCGACUACAUGGCUCCGCUGAUAGUGGACGUGGAAUAGCCAUCCCCUCGCCCCUUCCCGUCUCCCACCCCACCUCAUCACCUACAUCCUGCUCCUUCCCAGACCAGAAUUGCUUUGAGAUCCUCCUCUCCCCCGACGACCGGACGAGCGUCCCGUGUCCCCGAUUAGGUGUCAGUUCUGGCUUAGCCUUAUGCUCGAGAGCCCGGAGAACGGCGAGGGACCCGGGAUAUGUGCGUGUGUGUGUGUGUAUUCGUGUGUGAGUGUGUAUUUGUGUGUGUGUGUGCAUCGUCCCUCGUUUUCCGGUUUGCUCCUCUUGUCGCCUACGAUGAAAGGCUGUACAAUAAAUGGGUUAUUGCCCACAGGGCCCUCCCUUGGGGGGGCUUGAA